AUUGAGAAUGCCCAGUGCAAAAACUCAGCGGAGAAUGUAGGACUGUAACGGACCUACUAUACAAGCCGUAUAUUUAUGCUGUAAUUUCUGUUCUCAGUUUUUUUUGUGUUUGUGUAUUUAGGCUACUUUACUUUUUUUUGUGGUAUCGAUACAAUUAUAAUAACGCACGGAUAUCGCGCUUGAGAUGCUGCAAUGUCCCUGGGAUUGUUCACACGCGUUAACUUUUGGUGGAUUAUCCUGGUAGUGUCUCUGACGAUAGAGACUUCCCGUGUGAGAUGUCACAGCUGUCAUGAAGUUAAAACGGCUUUCCAGGUGCGACAGAUUGGACCGCUGAAAUGGGUACCAGAAACACCUGGAACAGAUGUGGAUCUGCUGGUGUGCAAGCACCAGGGCCCGUCGUGCUGCACCCGCAAGAUGGAGGAGAGCUACCAGGUGGCGGUGCGGAGGGAGACGGUGCAGAACAUCCGCUCCUACAGCUUUGAGCUCAACUACCUGCUGCUGGGCCACGCCACCGCCUUCCAAGACACGUUCCAGUCCCUGAUGACGUUCUCCAUGACCCACAUCAGCUCGCUGUUUGAGAGCAGCUACGCCAGCCUGUCGCUGGACGCCGGGCCGCUGGUGACGCGGCUCUUCUCCGAGCUCUCGCUCUACGUGCGCGGCGGCAACGCCUCGGUGGAGGCGUCCGUCCACCGCUUCUUCGACGACCUCUUCCCGCUGGUGUACGGCCGCCUGGUCAACCCGGGCGAGGAGGCGGCGUCGGGGGCGGGCGGCCUGUCCGGCGAGCGGCUGGACUGCCUGCGCAUGACGCGGCAGGACGUCAACCCGUUCGGCGGGCACCCGCGGGCCCUGGCGCGGGAGCUGGGCGCCGCGCUGCGGGCGGGCCGGGCGCUGGCGCAGGCGCUCGGCCUGGGCAUGGAGCUGAUGAACGCCACCGACGCCGCCGUGCUGAGCCGCGACUGCUCGCGGGCGCUGGUGCGCAUGCAGUACUGCGCCCACUGCCGCGGGCUCACGCUCAUCAAGCCGUGCCCGGGCUACUGCCUGAACGUGCUGCGCGGCUGCCUCGCCAGCCUGGCCGAGCUGAACGUGCCCUGGCGCCGCCACGUGGCGCUGCUGGAGGACCUGACGCACGCCGUGGCCGGCCAGCACAGCCUGGAGCUCGCCCUGCUCGGGGUGGAGGGCCAGGUCAACGACGCCAUCCUCUACGCCCAGCUCAACGGACCCAGGCUCGCCGCCACGGUGGAUAAAGUGUGUGGCCCGUCCACAGCGGAGGCGCCCGGCUCACACACACCGACGGAGGGACACUGGUCCUCGUCCGCGUCCGCGUCCACAGCAACGGCCACGGCGACGGCCACAGCCCCCCCAUCUUCGACGCCUUUCUCGGACGGCCCAGAUGUUGAGCUUCGGGGAAGGCUUGCCCACUUGAGAAGCUCUCUCCCCCUGAAACCUUCCAAGAGCGAUAAACCUAAAAGUCUCAAAAAGAUAUCUAGGGAGUUUGUGGGGUACAUCCCGCGCUACAAGACGUUCUUCGGGGCGCUGCCGGAGAUGCUGUGCGAGGGCGAGAUGGGCAUGGAGUUCACCUGCUGGAGCGGAGACGAGGUGGUGGAAAGUUACACUAAGAAGGUGGUGGGGAAUGGCGUGCACGCUCAGAGGCAGAAUCCGGAGCUGAAGGUGCGGGGAGCCGACCCGGCCCUGAUGGAGGUCAAAGCCAGACUGGAGCAGUUCAGCCAGGAGAUCCAGGAGAGCAUGCCAGGGCUGGGGCAUCGGGAGACCUGGGUGGAGACGGGCAGCGGCGUGGCGGAGGGCAGCGCCGAGUGCGACGAUGAGGACGGAUGCCAGGGCUCUGGAGACGGCACAGGCCAUCAGGAGACCCCAGGCGUGUCCGGCGGUGAGGUCCUCCCGGGCCGCUACCCGGGGCCGUUCAGCCCCAAGCAGCCCCCCGUGGUGCGGGUGAAGGGGGCCGCCCCCCCUGCCCCUCUGCCUGGCACUCUGCUCAUGCUGCUCCUGCUGCUUCUCCUGGUGCCCCAGUGGACCGUGCUCUAACUCUAACACACACACACACACACACACACACAGAUACACACAUAUAGCCCACACGCACGCACACACACACACACACACACUCACACACACACACUCACAAACAUACUCUCUCACACACACACACACACAUGCAGAUACGAAGACACACACUCUCGUCUCUCGGCAUCUCCGCUGAGGUGGAGUGAGAUGUUGGGGGGUGAGAUCCCGCAGGUGGUGGACUGGACUGAGACAGGAGGCCCGAGCGUUGGCGUGGAGUUGUGUUUUAUUUCGUUUUUUUUUUCUUCUCCUCCUUAUUGUCUUUGUUUGUUUUCGUCAGUGCUUUGGCUACGUGUGUGUGUGUGUGCGUGCGCGCGUGCAGCGUGCUCGGGCGGAUACUCACUUAACCUGCUGCUUAAUCUGGCCUGCUCCUGGUUGGCUUGUGACCGGCGGCCAUCUCUUUCCUGGGGGGGUUGAGGCAGCUCCCUCUCUCUCUCUUCCUCUUCCCCUCGCUCUCUCUCUAUUCUUUCUCUCUCUCUAUCUAUUUCUCUCUCUCUGCUUUAAGCACUACGCAUAGCACUCACUCCUGAUCCUCUGCCCUGGUGAGAAAAAGACGUACUGUCAGGGCAUGGACCGCUCUAUCCCCUCACCCUAUCUACACUACACACAAAAAAAUGUGCUGCCUCUGCUCUACACACACGCGCACACACACUCACACACACACACACACACACACAUACACACACACACACACACAUGCACAUACGGAGACAUACACACACACAGAGAGACAUUUAUUUUCACAUAUACACACGCACACGUACACACACGACCGUACACACUUACUUUGCCUACAGUUUGCCUCUGUGAGCACUGAAAAACUGUCAUUUGAUUUUGACGUCGGCAUUACCCUUUUUAUUUACGUGUCUGUGUCCCCCCGUUUUAAGGCCAAGAUCUUUGCACUGUCUUCCUUUUUUUGAAGUGUCAGCAGAAGUGACCGUUGGAAGUUAACUCUAUGCAUUGGAGCUCGUUUCAUUUGCUCUGCCCGCAAGAUAAUGGAACGCAUGAGAAAUGGGUUAAAUAAUCACUCAUCAUCAGUUCUGGAAACGGGAGGUUAUCUGGCCUCGCUCCCUGCGGUGGCUAUGCAUGCUUAUUCAGCAGCCGAAUGUUAUCACUAUUUCAUGAUGAGAAAGAUUGCGCACGCAGGCACACACACGUACACACACGUAGACUCUCUCUCACAACACACACAGACUCUCGCAUACACACGCGUAGAUGGAACACACGCCCUGGAGGGAUUGUCAGCAGACCUAAUAUCACGGUGAAUUAGCAUUCUCACAGUUUCUCAGAAUCGCACACACACACACACGCACGCACACACAAAACCUUGCUCCUGUGCUUUCAGACACACUCCUGCAUGGUUGUUUGCCAUGCUUUUAAAACCUGAAACCUAAAGCUAUCUUCUAUACCCCUGCAAUGAAACCCUGUACUGUUCCUGCACCCCCUGAAGUAAGAAGUGAACUUUAUCGCCACUCUCUGACUGGAUGGAGCUGAACGUUGAGAUAUUGCACUAAACAACAUGAGUCACACUUAAUCCUUCACAAUUAAACAAGACACUAAGAAGAAAAAGCCACUUGCAGAAAAUGAAAUUCCAAGAAGUUUUAAAAUUGAAUAUUAAUAAUUAUGUGCAUUUAAUUACUAACAUUUUGCCAAGUACGAGUCAGCAGUUUUUGUUUUAGGCCCACAGGUUAAUAACCCUUCUUCUCUCUCCACACUGCAUUUGACGAGUACGGUUUCUAAUAUCAAAUGUUGCUAACCGAAGCUUCCGUUUGAUGUAAUGAUGAACUCAAGUGACCGUUCUGAAUGGCUGUCGUAAGCGUAAAUUCUAGAUCUGUGCGGUAUAAUUCUGGAAUGACUUCCAAAGAAAAUCUCACUCCUGUAAAUGGUGACAGAUAGACUGUAGCAGACUCUGUGGUGGACUUGGCCCAGAUUUGCCUCAGGUCCCGGCCGCACGCAGUCCGCAGUCAGGUGCCGCCUGGGGUGUCUCAUCUCUUCUUCAGCCAGUGUGAACAACGACAACAACAACAAUGCAAGCAACAUGUUGCGUCGGCCAGUGUAUCGACAUCCUUCCUUAACACAAAAACCAGGACUUUACGGUUUCAUGUCAUUCUCUGCGAAUAUUCAACAGGUUUUUUUUUUUUUUUUGGUUUGUUGUUUUGCAUUUUUAUUCUUGUUUCUAGAGGGAAACUACUCUGUCUUCACAUAAGGUUCACCCUUUUCUUCUUGCUAGACGGGCAAAUCCACACCCAGUUAGAACGGAAGCAUUUAAAGCGUUUUGGUGUGGUUGACGCCAUCCUCGCAUCCUUUUCACAGAGUUUCUGUUGUGUGUAUCGCAACGGAGGAGUAGCAUAGCAGAGAGGCACAGAGGCAUUUUCAAAGUGCCGUUUUCCAAACGACAAGAAAGGCAGCGAGGGAAGCCUCGCUGGAUGCAUAGCAAUACAUCUACAUACUGUACAUUUCUGCAGACUCUCUUUCAAUGCUGUCAUAUCAUAGUUCAUGCCUUAUACAUUCAUUACAAUAGAGCUUCUGCCUUAUCUAUCAGAAUGGAUACAUACUCUUAUUUACAUACCAUGUGUUCGUCAUAAAGAAUCCAUUAAUCGGCUGUUAAGGGUCUCACAACGAUGUUAAUUCAGAAAAGUGUACAUGGUACAGUAUUUUUUCACCAGCUGUUGUAUGUAUUUUUAUAAUGCAGUGUGUCGUGUGAAUAUCCAUGUCUUGAGUGUAUACCUGUGUGAUCUCCGUUGAGGUGAAUGUCUGUGUGGGACGGUGGAGUUGAUCAGGUGGUGGGGGUGGUGGUGGUGGUGGUGAUGAUGGCGGCGGCAACGGAGGCAGUGUUGGCUUUGCACAGUCCCCCCUCCUCCCCCCCAUGUCUGUAACAAACUGGUUGAAUGUAAGCAUCGAUGUGUGUAUAAGCCUUUUGGUUCUCUCUCCGCGUCUGACACACAAGACACGGUGUGUGAUCUGCUAAAAGGGCUUUGUACCUGGAGACUGUAAUCCCUCAAGUCUUUGCUCUACACAGUGUCGACGAGGUUGGCGAGCUGGCCGCCGGGGCUCGUUCAGGCGCGCUACCCGCCAGCGGCCGCGAUCAGCGAACUAGGCCACGCAGAACGACCCAUCCAACUUCAUCUCUCAUUGUUGUCCUUAACUCGCAUCGAAUGCACAAAGAACACUUAUUAUAGCAUGUGUAAAAAUGUAUAUAUUUUAAGUCACUCACUGUUUGUUAUAUGUUUUUGUUGUUGUUUUUUUUGUUUUGUUCUUUUGUUUGUUUCUUGCUUUCUUUUAUAUUGUAAAAGGUGAAGCGUGAGAGUAGAUGACCUGGAGGUAAGGCUUUUUCACGGGUUGCUGUUUGUUUUUUUGCUGCCAUUAGGUCCUAUCAACAGAGCUUGACCCUCUUCAUACUUUAAUUUAGUGAGAUCCCUAUGAGAAUUUUCCACACUUUAUAAAAUGCCACCGUCAUAAUUCUGAGGAAAGGGAGAACAGGCUCUUGUUCAAAACAAUUUGUUCUGGGCCGGGUGCUGUCACUUGUGAGUUGUUGUCAAGUCGGCAAAAUGAGUCUUAGCCAGAGACCGCAGUGUUAAGAGGAUGUUUGCGAGACAGACGGAAUCAUUCUCUCUCUUUCCCUUUCUCUCUGUCUCUAUCUCUUUCUCUCUCUCUCUCUCACUCUCUCUCUGUGUGUCUUAGUCUUUUCACCUCAGCCAUGAAAUCAGAUGACUGACAACCUGCUCAGAUUUUCCACCGCCAACUGUCAUCUUGAAUUACACAAAACCCAUUUCUUCUGCAAUUACCUGUGAGGCUUAAAGUCAGUGUUUUAAUUAAAAAUAAUGAAGUACUGGGGGGGAGGGGGGCAGUAGUCAUUCAAAGCUCGUCACCUUCAUAGCCCUACUCUGAAACCCACACACACACACACACCUCUCUCCCCUCCUCACCCCUCUCCUCCGCUCACCUGGUGCCGGAUUUUCCAAUCGUUGAAACUCGUUUGGUUUGUGUAGUGACUUUUGCUGGAACACUGGUGUGUCGCAAAUGUCACAAGAGGAGCUGCUUAAACAGCACCCCCCCUAUCCCCCACCUCACCCCCCGUCCGCUCCUCCCUUCCAAAGCUGCCCGACUGACGGUCUGAAUGACAGGGAGAGGAUCUGACAGCCUCCCCAUGGGGCCGAUUGAUAGCAUAUUGAGAUGAGAGCCAGAGAAGGGAGGGUUAGCCAGAUCAGUCACUGUGUGAGUCACUGCCCCCUCACAAACACACACACACCCCAUGCUGAUAGAUGAGGACACUUACUGAGAAACAUCCUCCUUGACCUCUAGUGACAUAAGGUGUGAGAACAACUUUGGGAUAGUCAAGACAGGUUGUCAACCCCCCCCCCCCCCCCCCCCUUCUCU